AUGCGCUCCUACAUAUGCUACAUUUCACUCAUUCCGCUCGUGGUCCUGGGCGUAUUCUUGUAUUCCGAACUACUACCGAUCUCACUACAUUAUCACGGAGCGACUUCCAUUAGGAUGGCCCAGGCGUUUGGUGACUGGCGAUCAUGCAUGACAACUCAUUUGGAUAUGGUGAAAGAUAAGCCUGUUAAGAUGUGGUUUCAAUUCGAAAGAAUUACCGCUUUCUGCACGAUUUCUAGCAAGCUUCGCAACAUCAAGCUCGUUUCUAUCCGGAAUAAGGACGAAGUUAAGCACUGUGUCCUUAGCCAUGAUAGUGAUCCCCAUAUUAUCGUGACGUUAGGUGUCGGCGCAGACAUAAGAGCUGAGCGCGUAUUAAAACAACUACUUCCAGAGGGGUCAGAAUUCUUUGGAGCUGAUCCGGUGUCAACGCCGAAUGCCGAUCUUUUCAGCGAAAUUGGGACAUUUUUUCCAGUUGCUGUCAGUGAUCACUCUGGUCUCGCACGUUCCAUCAUUAGAGAAUAUAAUGGUAACUGCCAUCAUCAGAUUGCUAUAAUAUGUGUGAAACUUUUUGGCUCAACCAGGGCUUAA